CCCUUCCCCUCAGCCGCGGCCGCUGCCGCCGCGGGGGGAGGAUGAGGGGGAGCCGCGGCGGGGUUGGUGCUGCAGCCGCGCUCGCUUGAUCGGGCCCGGCGGUUCCCCGGCGGUCCUCCGCGCCGCCUCGCACCUCGCCGCCGCCCCGGGGCGGGCCGUCGCGGCGAGUGGAUGCCCAGCGCCUGCCCGCCGCCUGGCGCCUAGCAGGCACCGCCAGGGCAGAGACCCGCGGACGCCAUGGGCUGCUGCAGCUCCGCCGCGCAGAGCUCCAAGCGAGAGUGGAAGCCUCUGGAGGACCACAGCUGCACAGAUGUACCAUGGCUGCUCUUAUUUAUCCUCUUCUGCAUAGGAAUGGGUUUUAUCUGUGGCUUUUCAAUAGCUACAGGAGCAGCUGCAAGACUGCUUUCAGGAUAUGACAGUUACGGAAAUAUUUGUGGACAGAAAAAUGUCAAGGUGGAGGGAAUAGUCAACAGUGGUCUGGACCUCACGCACAAGAAGUAUGUGUUCUUCCUGGAUCCAUGCAACAUUGAUCUAGUACACCAGAGGAUCAAGUCACUUGCUUUGUGUGUAUCAGCUUGCCCAAGGAAAGAACUAAAAACUCUGGCUGAUAUUCAGAAAUUUGCAGAAACUAAUGGAUCCACUCUGUGUAGCUAUGAACUGCAGCCAUCAGAGUACACUACAGACCCAAGGGCCGCCAAGUUAUGUCCUAAAUAUCCUGUUCCAGAGAGUGCACCUAUUCCAUUCUUCCAUCGCUGUGCUCCUGUGAACAUUUCCUGCUAUGCCAAGUUUGCAGAGGCCCUGAUCACCUUUGUCAGUGACAGUAGUGUCUUACACAGGCUGAUUAGUGGAGUUAUGACCAGCAAAGAGAUUAUAAUGGGACUUUGCUUGUUAUCACUAGUGUUGUCCAUGAUUUUGAUGGUUAUAAUCAGGUACAUUUCAAGAGUACUUGUCUGGAUUUUAACAAUUCUUGUCAUUCUGGGAUCACUUGGUGGUACAGGGGUCCUGUGGUGGCUCUAUGCUAAGCAACGAGUAUCUGCCAGUGCUGUUGAGACUCAAAUAGCCAAAGACAAUCUUCAGGCUCUCCUGAUCUAUGCCAUUUCAGCUACAGUCUUCACGGUUAUCUUGUUCUUGAUAAUGUUAAUUAUGCGCAAACGAGUAGCUCUCACCAUUGCCUUGUUCCACGUGGCCGGCAAGGUCUUCAUUCACCUGCCACUGCUAGUCUUCCAGCCAUUUUGGACAUUCUUUGUGCUUAUCCUCUUCUGGACAUACUGGAUCACAGUCCUGCUUUUCCUUGGUACUACAGGUAGUCCUGUCCCAAAUGAAGAAGGAUUUGUUGAAUUUCGGAUGUUAGGUCCUUUGAAAUACAUGUGGUGGUACCAUGUAGUGGGACUCAUCUGGAUCAGCGAGUUUAUCCUAGCCUGUCAGCAGAUGACAGUAGCAGGGGCUGUUGUGACAUACUAUUUUACAAGGGAGAAAAGGAAUCUGCCGUUUACUCCUAUUCUGGCAUCUGUUAAUCGCCUUGUUUGUUACCACCUAGGAACAGUAGCAAAGGGGUCUUUCAUUAUCACACUAGUGAAGAUACCACGAAUGAUCCUUAUGUAUAUUCAUACACAACUCAAAGGAAAAGAAAAUGCUUGUGCUCGCUGUAUGCUUAAAGCCUGCAUCUGCUGCCUUUGGUGUCUAGAAAAGUGCCUGACCUACUUAAAUCAGAACGCAUAUACAGCCACAGCUAUCAACAGCACCAACUUCUGCACAUCAGCAAAGGAUGCCUUUGUUAUUCUAGUGGAAAAUGCUUUGCGAGUGGCUGCCAUAAACACAGUUGGGGAUUUUAUGCUGUUUCUAGGAAAGGUCCUGAUUGUCUGCAGUACAGGUUUGGCUGGGAUUAUGUUGCUGAAUUACCAACGAGAUUACACCAUCUGGGUGCUGCCACUCAUCAUUGUCUGCCUCUUUGCAUUCCUGGUUGCUCACUGCUUCCUGUCCAUUUAUGAAAUGGUUGUCGAUGUCCUUUUCUUGUGUUUUGCCAUCGAUACAAAAUACAAUGAUGGGAGCCCUGGGAGGGAAUUCUACAUGGAUAAAGUUCUCAUGGAGUUUGUGGAGAAUAGUAGGAAAUCUAUGAAAGAAGCUGGCCGGGGAGGUGGAGCUGAGGGCAGAGAGCUAAAACCAAUGGUAGGUGCAGAUGAGGAGGUGGCGAUCCUCCAAGAGUUUCACUUUUACUUCUUCUCCCUCUUUGUCUUUACUGACUGCACUUCUUCAGGAGAAGUUUUUGUUCUCUGUAUCACUCAAGAUGUUCUGCUUUUUCUGUUUGUGAGCUUGCCUAUCACCUGGAUGGCAGAGUUUUUGUCACAGCUGAGACCAUCUCCUGUAAAAGCCUCUGGAGCAAGUUCAUCUUGAAACUAGCCAGCCAUAUUGGAACCCAUUGACAUUCCAAAACAGUAUAUAUAUACAUAUAUACACACACAUAUAUAUAUAUAUAUAAAAAUAAACAGCCAAAAUCAGAGAAAAGGAACAGGGAUUUAAUACUUUUUUUAACAAUUAUUUUUGUGAAACAUGUACUCUUUUCAUACGGGUGGCUUUUACAAGCAGCUUUAUCAUUGUUCCAUUUUUUAAAUUAUUCAUUGUGGUCAUGGAAAUGUUGAUUCUUAUCUGCUUGUUAUUUUACAAUCUGGAGGAGGUAUCACUGUAAAGAUAAUCUGAAAUGAUGACUGCGUUUAGAGACAGAUUUCCCAUGACACUGCUAAUCUGCUAAGAGUUUUACUUGUUUAGUUUAUUUAAAUUUGCAUUAAAUUCAGGACAGUUACAUGUAAGGAAAACCUUCAAAUCAAGAAAAUUCUCAAAUUUAGUUUUUCAAAAGGUGGUUUCAGUAAGAGUUCAUUCAGUUCGAAUGGGUUUGUAAGCAGUCAUUUUACUUUACAGCCCUGGCGGGGCACAGUUUUGUUUAUCAGUAUCAGAUACCACAAUAACCAACUCCUCAGGUAUUCAGGUGUGUGGGAGCCCUUGCAUCUCCUAUUAAGCAGAAACUACAAAAUGGGGACAGAUAAUUUUUAUAUGCAAUUAACUUCCUGGUUUACCCUAUUUAUCCCUCAUACCCAUUGCCCUCUAUCCUCCCACUGAGUUCAGUAGCUUCCUUCACACUUCAGCAGUGCUUCUUUGAAGGGUAUGGAUUCUCCAUAUGAGCAAUUGAAAUAACAGAUUGUUAAAGCUCAGUCUUAGCCAUACUCAUGAUUAAUUCAUGACUAAAUACAACGAUGCUGAGGAUGGGAAGAGAAAUGAACUGUACUACUGUACAAAAAAGUACUGUAUGCUUCAUUUCAUUUAAUGCCAGAGAGCUCUGGGAGGUGGAAGGGACCAUUCCUUGCCUGUCGUUUCAUCCAUAUUUGUAUGUACUGUAGCGGGUGGCUAAAACAGGAAAGGGCAGAGAAACAUUUCUUUGGAAGUGUAAUUGCCAGGAUAGUUACCUAAAGUUAUCAAAUAAUUACAAGAGAACGUGCUCUUUUCUUCUUCUUGUUCUUAUUAUUAUUAUUAUAUACUUACAUUUCUUUUCAGUCUGGAAGCUCACCAGAUAUGAAUGCUACUGUUCAAUUGUUCAGCAUAUUGUAAUGGUAAAUGCUUAAAAGUGUAUUUGCUAAGAAUUCAUGAUCUGUCUAUGCUAUAUACUCCUUUUGUUACAAUUUUUUUAAGAAAACUAUUUUUGUUAAUGUAAAGUUAAUAUUUCAGAGCAGAAUUUUUAAACUUAUUGCACUAAAUAGAAGCUCUGUACAAAUAAAUAAUGCCUCAAUGGUUCGAUCACUCCAUUCAAGAAAAUCUUUUGAAAGAGAAAAGCCCUUCUACAGAAGCUUUGUGAUGGAGUGGAGGUAUGUCUAGGUAGAGACAUGCACAAGUCGUGUUAUCAAGGUUUAAUAAGUAAGAAGUUAUCUGUGCUUCCUUUCAGAGAAUCAGACUUCUAAAUUGCUGCCGAAGGUUAAAAAAAAAUAUGUAGUAUCAUGUAGCUAACCAGUGCUCUUACCUUUUGGCAAUAGUGAAAUAUUUCACUUCUGCUUCCAGAAGUCAUUUGAUAACUUAAAUUUGUUUAGUUUUCUUUCAGUAAGCCAAUUAAAAGGAUUUACUCUUUUCAUAUCACAGAACCCAAACUAUAUGAAAGGUAUGAAAAUAAAAAUACAUUUAGAAAUGAUAGCUACUGGGGAGGCAGGGAGUCAGAAUUAUCCAAUCCUGCAAGCACUUAGACACUCAUUUAAUGAACCAUAUCAGUAGCUCCACUGACAUCAGGAGGGCUGUCUUAAGUAUGGAAGUUGUUAAGUUACACAUCCAUUUAAGUGCUAACUGGACUAGAGCUUCAACCUAGGGGAUUCAAACUGGAGCACUGGUGAGGCCUCAGUGCAGGUUAGAGGUCAGAUUAUGUAGAAUAAGCAUUGGAGCAGCCUUAAGUUCAUGGAGAGGAGGCAUUCCUGCUGUACCAGUGUCUAAGACAGCAGUGGCACUGAACACUGAUAUUCGUGUAGGUCAGUGGGGUUUAGCAACAGAAAUUUAAAAACUAGCUUAGAUGAAUCCUGGAAACUGGAUUCCAAAGCUAAGAGACUUACCGCAUACCCAGUUGCUUCCAGAGAAACUAAUUUCCACCUUGUUUGGAAGUUAUUGGAGGUGUUUUGAUUGAAGCCUUGGGUUCUGCUCAUUUUGACAACAAAUUUCUGCCAUGACCAGUUCCACAAGUUUGUGUUCUCCGCUCACUGGAGGUCCUGGGUGGGGGCUUUUCUCUGUAAUUGCAACUAGGACUGCAGUUGGAAACGAAUUUUGUAUUUUUAUAUGACUUGACUGUGCACCAUUUUUAUAGCAGUUUAUCCUGUUUUAAAAAUAAAUUUGUUUUAUUUACAUGGUGUUUAAGAGAUACAGGCAACACUUUUCUAUGCGUAGUUGUAAUGUUUAAGUGACAAAUCUAUAUCAUUACAAAGUUCUUAAUAAAAUCGUGUGCACCAUUCUUGAGUGUAUAUCUGGCAUGCACAGCUUUUCAGUCAUGCCAAAAAGGCAUUCCAUCAACAUGCAGGCUUUCCAGUGGCCCUUUAAAGCUUUUGAAUGUCCUUGAAGUUCAUUUGCAACCAAACUACAAGCUGCCCUCUUCCAGCUCUGUCUUGUGCAAGGAGAUAAGCAGAAGACUGAUGUCUGAAGAGACAACCUUUCAGGACAAACUUAGACUCUGCUUUCCUUCCCUAGUGGGGAUAGUGGAGUGGGAGAACAUUUGACAUGUAAAUACGUAGUUGGCAGUAGCGGUGCUGGGGUCUGCCAGUUGUGAUGGAUUAAGUACUUUCUUUGCCAGCUGGUUAUUAAAGCCAGUAUAUGGACUGCUUUGUGGGAAGCAGUCUAGACUAACUAGAGAGUGAUGCUGCACUGGGAGUAACACUGCAGGAGCAGCAAAUGAGACAGCUGAGACAGAGAAAUCAUCUCCUUGCAAAGUCCACUGAAACAAGUAGUGCUUGAGGACUGGAGAUUCAGGCUGGACAAUUUGGGUUUCAAAACAAAGUCAAUGGGAUUACUGGUUCCCAGCAUUUGGUUUCUGCAGACCAUCUGCAUCAUAGCCUCUGAUCAGCUAGGUUUCAAAGGAAAAAAGGCAUGCCAUUCUUUAAAUGGUUUAAUUUUUUUCCACAUUAUUUUACUCUCUACUUGGCAGUUGAGCAGCAGUGUGUCACCUUCAUUGCUUCUUCCAGCCCUAGAGAUUUUUUUUUUGUUCCUUUACUGCUCAUUUCUGUAUUGCUCUUUCAGCAAUGGAGUGCCAAGUGGCAGAGAGUCAGCUCCCCUUUCUCCCACCGAUCUUAGUACGUGCCUUCUCAGUUUCCGGAGGCAAUGAUGCAGGAUAUCACCUGGACUGAAUAGGAGGGGGAGUUGAGUGCUGAGCUGAAGUUCUGAGGUGGAUUUUUUUGUAUGAUAUCACUCCAUCACUGUGCUUGCUGUGGUUAGGAGUGCAGCUCAUCACUUCUACAGUUUCAGUGCUGCUCCACAGCUAGACUAAACAUAUGGUAUGGCCAUCUUAGAAUUGCAUCUUCAGCCUUCCAGUAGCUUGUGUUCACACUCCCAGCUGCCAAAAACAGGAUGGGGCUUUACGUGUGGCCUUAGCUUCACAUGGUAACCCGAGGGCUUUCUGCAUUAGGAAAGCAUAUCAUAGAAGGGAGAACUUAAAGUCAAAAACCCAGUUACACGUUGUGGUAGGUUGAUGCUGGCUGGCAGGUAAGCCCCUCCUCUGUUGCUUGCUCAGUAGCUCCAGCAGGAUGGGAGAGAGCAUUGGAAGGACAAAAGUGUUGAGGUAAAAGACAGUUCAUUAAGUAAA